GUGCCGAUGGAUGCAGUCGAUGGAACCCCGCGACUGGAGACGACCGCUUUGUCGGAGCAACCUGACAACCAGCUUGGACAAUUUUCUGAUGGGCCUUCAGCUGACGACCUACCAGCUGACGAGCCAACAGCCGAAGAGCCACCAGCUGGUCAGGCAGGAGGGAAACGCUCAGAGUCAGAGGAGCUGCAGGAACAGGUCGUACCCGCGAGCCAAGACCAGAAGGUCCAAUGCCAAAAGUGCCUCUCUCAGGUUUACGUCUAUGAUGCCCAGGCCAGGGGCAAGGUUUGGUGGUGUAAACCAUGCAACGCGAUCAACUCCAUGCUGCGCAGAAAUCUUUCUUGGCCGCCGGCCGAGUUCAGUGCAUUAGAUUCGGACGCUCAGGCUGCAUUUUGGCAGAGAUGUCAAGCUGCGAAAGAUGCAGCUGGAGAAGGGAGACUUCGGUAUGACCGCCUGCGAGACGUCCUGAUCACGAGCCUGACCACCCAGGUCACGAACGAGCUCACCAAGAAGAGCUGCGGCGAGCGCGGUUACAAUGUGGAGAGCCUUCAGCAGAAUGCGCCGAUCAUCUUUGACCCCAUCCUACAGGAAGAUGUCUAUUGCUUGCCAGUCACUUCGCUCCAAGAGAAGGAGAUCCGAGCGCAGAUUGAGACUUCUGUCGCCCAGGCAGAAAGGGCAGUGCGCAAGCGAGCUGCUGCCGUGGAUGGAGCCAACAAGAGCGAGACGGCAGCCCAGCCUGUGGUCGACCUUUUGUCUGAUGAGGAGAGGCCUGACAACGAGGAGGAGGAGGAGAAGUUGACGGCAAAGCAGCUUGAGGCGCUACGAAAGAAGCAGGAGCGGGAAGCCAAGAGCAAGGCAGCCAAAGAGCAGCGAAAGCAGGAGCAAGCGGAACAGCGUGACAGGCUGAAGAACAACAAGACCAUCGUCAACCUCUCAGGUAAGGCUGUGCAGAUCCUGCAGCCUUUGAAGGAUGAGCUGGGUCAGCAUGUCUCAGACCCUGACACGAACCCGUUGCUGAAGGAGAACUUGACAUCAUGCCAUGUGUUGCUUACCGCGUGGCACAAAGCUGCAGCAAGCGCUUUGCAGAAACAUGCAAGGAAUGCAGCAGCAGCGCUGGAUCCACUGCCCUUCAACGGUGAGAAGGACAUGAUGGUUGAAGUCAAGGCCGCAAAGCGGUACUUGCAGGAGGCCAAAGCAAACGCUGCUGGGUCAAAGAAGAGGAGGAUCAAGCAGUGA